AUGGCUGUGGAUCCCGGGAUGCUGAGGUUCAAAAUCUGCCUUUUCCGCCUCCCCUUGCUAGAGCGUUGCGUGCCCGCCCGAAGACGUCAUCACGCACACUGGCUCGCUGCCCCCGGGCCAUGGAUGCCCCCUCUGGGGUUCCGAAAGCUAUUUGUUGAUAGGCCUCGAAGGCUGAGCUCGCUGGCGGGCCGCGUGGGAUCUGUGGUGGGCCGGACUGGAAGCUCCAGAAAGCUCUUGAAACCAUCGGUAUCACGGCUAUCGGAAAAGAAACGUACGAAGGUUACUGAACUUGCUACUCCUCCCAUCCAGGAGGAACCUGAACCUGUUAGCAAUGUCCUACAGGGAGAUGAUAUUUUGGCUUUGGCCAUUAAGGAGGAGGAUUUAAAGAAGCAACAUGUUCCCCAUCCUCCUGCCCAGGAAGAGAAAACUAUUGCCCAGCAAGUUUUGAUUCGAAAGCGUAAAAUUCAAAAGGUUAAAAAGGUGACACAUCAUUUGGUAGCUCACCCUGCUACUCCUGAAGCAGCCACAAAACCUUUAGAUUUUUCUGGGCCAGCAGAGGAAAGCUCUGAUGGUAGAGAACAGAUUCUCCCCCACAAGAUUUUGGGAACUCUCUAUGACCUCAAAAGAAUAGCAAUUGCUCGAGGAAACAUGAGGUUGGCUGAAAUGAUCUCAGACACUACCGGUAUGGAGAGUGUCAUCCUCUCGGUACCAGAGGAGCCAAAGAAAAAACCCAGAAAAGUGAAGGUAGAGCUCUGGCAACCACCUUCUCAGCAUAAGUCUCUGAAGAACUGGAAACGAAAUAUGACCCUGAGGAAGAAACAACAAGAAGUUCUCAGUGAAUAUCUGAAGAAGCCAGUGAAUGAGCUGCUGAUGAAUAAAGGGGAGGGCUUCAGACGGGUACAGGAAGAACGGAAUCUGAUUGAACGUUCCAUUGCUGCUUUACAUUAUGGGAAGGGGACUGAGGUCGACUGUGAUUUUUGGAGUCAGCCUGAAUUUAUUGGAGAUGAACUAACAGGUCUGGUGACCCAGUGGCCUCGUGGCUACCGACAGCCCAUCGUUCAUGUCGGGAAGCCCCAGAGCAUUCAAAUGGAAACAGGACUGCCAUCCACGAGGGAGCCUUGGUUCCGUUUCACAUGGGAUAAGAGUCUCUUUUUGAUUGAUCGACGAAAGGAGCUACGUUCCAUUCUGAAGGAGUUGGACUUUAACCAGCCAGACAUUGAUGGCCUCGAAGUUGUUGGUAAAGGACAGCCUUUCUCAUCUGUCUCUGCACAGCACUUCCCAGGCCUUAAGGAUGUCAAAGAAAGUACAUCUGAACAACAGCCUUCAAGUCCUUUACCUGACUAUCACGAUGUAGCUCCCAUGCCCUUUGUUGGUCCUUCUUUGCUGUUCUGUGGGAAACCAGCAUGCUGGCUUGACAGUACCCUACCACCAGGAGAGAGAGAAAUCGGCAUUGCUGUCCGUUUGACUUUUGAGACAAUGGAAGGGGAGCGAACAUCUUCUGUCCUAACAGUUGUAAACAAUGGCACUGCAGCUAUUUGGUAUAAUUGGAGGCGACUCCAACAGCCUGACGCCUUUGAAGAGUUUAAGGACAGUAGACAGCAACGGUUUUACUUUAACACCAAGGAAGGUGUGAUUCUUCCUGGGGAAACGAAGAACUACAUCUUCUUCUUCAAGUCUCCAGAUGCAGGAAUCUUCAGGGAGUACUGGGAGUUUGGAACCCACCCAACCCUGUUAGGAGGAGCUUUACUACAGGUCACUCUGCGGGGUGUUGCUCUAAGCCAAGAUAUUUUGAAGGAAGAAAGAAAUGCAUUGUCGGCCCAACUAGCUAACCAAGCAGCUAUCACCAUUGUGGAGGAUGUGCUGGAUGAGCUGCUGAGAGGAGUCUGGUCCCCUGAGCGAGCUGCAUCCCCAGUUGAUGCUUACCUCACCGAGGAAGAUCUGUUCUCCCACAGAAACCCUCAGCUACAUUAUCAGCAUCAAGUGGUCCGAGAGCUCCAGGAACUAUGGAAUGAAUACAUGGUACCAUCCCCUUCAACCCCUCCCGAAGAGGAAGAAGCUGCUGCAGGACAGGUAGAGGAGCAACCAUUAAUUGCAAAGUUCUCGGUGGGUUCUUAUAGGAGCCAAAUAAGUGAAAAGUCAAAAAGCCCUGUGGGGGAAAGCCAGAGGGCCUUGAGAAGGACUCUUUCAGCCAAGAAAGAAUCUAAGUCAUCUCUCCAAUCCUCGAAGAGUGUUGUGCUUAAGGUUGCUGAUGACCGGAAAGAACCAGAAGCGGAGCCCAUGGAGCUGCCAGAGGUGUCAGACACAACAAUUCCCGAGUACCCCAAGUGGAAUCUUUGUGUGGAUGAUUUCAAAAAGGCAGUGUUGGAGCUCCCUGAAGAGGAACAGCGAGAGGAUGCACUGACCAGGCUCAACAAGAGGGCCCUGGAGCUAUGCUCAGAGCAGAAGCCACUGCAGUCAGACCUCCUGUACCAGACAUGUUACCAGCUGUGGCGAGAUGUAAUUGAUGGUCUGGUGAGCUAUUCCAUGUGGCUGAAGUCUCUAUUAGGCCUGCCUGACAAGGAUUCUUUUUAUAUGGAAGGCCUAGAGGAACCAAUAGAAGCAAAACCAUCUGGGAAAAUUGGAAGAGAGGACCGAAAAGUUUUGGGCCAGGAAAAGAAGUUGUUUGGUCUAAAGGAGGAGAAGAAAAUACCUUCAAGACUUUCACCGGGAAAAGAGGACCGUGAUCGUCUCAACAGCAAGAAGAUCAAGACAAGGGAUGACAAGAGAAUGCAGAAGUCCCCAAGUCGGAACGGGAAGGACAGAAUCUUGGGAGAUGACUUGGCUACGGAGCAGAGUAUCUCCCCCUCUGAAUCAGUGGAUCCACAAAUCCAGGAGAAAUAUAACCAGAGGCUUUACAUUGAGGUGUAUGGCCUGCUGGACUCCUUAGUGACUAAUAUGAUGCUGCUUUUUGAUGAACUCAAGACCUCAGGGGAAAGUCGGCGGAAUACUGUAGUCUGGUGAACCUCUUUCUUUUUCUGCCUGACCUGUCUCUGAGCAGCCAUCAGGGAAAUAAAAAUAAAUGUGUAGGUUUCCAUAA